UCGGCGCCAAGACACUUCACAUACUAAAGACAGGAACCGCAUGAUGUCGAGGCUUGUUGCUCCUUGGCUCUGCUUAGGUGCAGUUUAGUCAACUACUAUCGGUCCUCUGGAGGACUUCCUUUCUAUUCCUUCCGUUUGUUUUCUCUCUCUUCUCUUCUCUUCUCUUUUCUUUCGUUUUGCCUUCUUCCACCACUGCUGUCCGGUCCCUUCCGUCUCCUCUUGUCUUUUUCUCUUCUUAGAUCGAAGCCGCGGGCGGCUUUGCUGGUCUUUGCUUUAUACUACAUAUUUACCUUUUUUCUCCGUCUGGGCGGAAAGCUUGGAAUUGCUCUGCCCUGGCGAUAGUUGGAGGAUCCUUGGAGUUUCCUAAACAACAGUGGAAAUGGAUUCCACGGGAGGGAAGCCGGUGUGCGGGAGUGGCCAGGAGGCGGGCGAGUACGAUCUUGCUCUCCAUGUUGUGGGAUUAUUCUUGGUUCUAGCGGCUUCCAUCAUUGGUGCCGGCUUCCCGGUUGUUGCGAAAAAGGUCAAAUGGGUCAAGGUGCCAACUAAGGUGUUCUUCGUAUGCAAGCACUUUGGCACUGGUGUCCUGAUUGCUACCGCGUUCGUCCAUCUGCUCCCGACGGCGUUUGGUAAUCUCCUGGACCCUUGCCUUCCCGACUUGUUCACCGAGCAGUACCCGCCCAUGCCCGGCGUCAUCAUGAUGGGAUCCAUGUUCUGUCUCUUCGUGAUCGAGAUGUACCUCAACGGCAAGCUGGGCGGCCAUUCCCACGGCGGGCCUAUGGGGUUCGAAACGCACAGCCAGCCACCCGCGACUACGGCAUCGGCCAACCGCGGCCCCCCGCCUGAACGGCCGCCGCGGUACUCGACCGCGUCCGACUUCGAGAUCGAGGAGGUCGAGUACGAGAAGAAGCUCGUGCAGAAGAUGUACGAGGAGAAGAUGAAGGACUAUCGGCCCGAGAGCCCGUCGGAGAUGCCGCCCUGGUUCGUCGUCUUCUACGAGCAAUACGUCCGCCAGAGGCUCGAGAUGAUCAACAUGAUCAAGUCGAUGCGGGCGCAGCAGCAGCAGCAGCACCAGCACCAGCAGAAUCAGGCUGCCGAGUCUGACAAGCGCCAGACCGUGAUUGCCGAGACGUCGAUUGCCGACUCGCCGUACAUUGACGAGGAGACCGGACAGGCAGUGGCGCCGGACGUGUACCGCAAGAUGUCGCUGAACAUCACGCUGCUCGAGGGCGGCAUCCUGUUCCACUCGGUCUUCGUCGGCAUGACCGUCAGCAUCACCAUCGAGGGCUUUGUGGUCCUAUUGAUUGCCAUUCUCUUCCACCAGAUGUUCGAGGGGCUCGGUCUCGGAUCGCGCAUUGCUGCCGUCCCCUACCCUCGCGGGAGCCUUCGGCCGUGGCUGCUGGUGGUUGCCUUCGGAACGACCGCGCCGAUCGGGCAGGCGAUUGGACUCAUUGCGAGGAACUCGUACGAUCCCAACAGCGCCUUCGGCCUGAUCAUCGUCGGCGUCUUCAACGCUAUCUCGUCUGGCCUCCUUCUCUACGCCGCCCUCGUCGAUCUCUUGGCCGAGGAUUUCCUGUCUGCCGAAGGGAUGUCCAUGACCAAGAAAGACCGGGCAACGGCAUUCGGGUGUGUGAUUCUCGGAGCAAUUGGCAUGUCGAUCGUCGGCGCUUUUGCCUAACAACUGUGAAGGUCUGCAUUUCAUGCAUACCUCGACGAUCUUCCAUUUCUCGAACUCCCUUCGGGCCGUGUUCAAGAAGGGAGCAUGCCACUUCCAGUGUGUGUGGAUGCCAAAAUAUCUCGUCGGGUUGGAUACUUGACAGGCCCAAGCUUGCAUGGUGG